AUGUUUGCAAAUUGGUCAAGUCCCUUUUAUGGGUUCAAACAGGCCCCUCGAGCUUGGAACUCGAAGUUCACAAGCUAUCUUCCAGCUGUUGGGUUUCAAUCCUUUUCUUCUGAUUCUAGUCUUUUUGUCAAGAUUGAUGGUGAUGAUAUAAUUCUACUUUUAUUGUAUGUUGAUGACAUCAUUCUCACUGGUUCAGAUUCUACUAAAAUUCAAUCUAUCAUUGAUGAUCUUGCUGGUGUAUUUGAACUCAAGGAUAUGGGGAGGUUAACAUAUUUUUUGGGCUUGCAUAUCCAAUAUAAAGAUGAUGGUUCACUGUUUAUCUCCCAAGCUCAAUAUGCCAAGGAUGUGUUACAAAAGGCAGGAAUGGAUACCUGCAAAUCUACAUCUACACCAUGUAAGCCUCAUACUCAAAUUCUUACUGGUGAAGGAACAUUGGUGUCUGAUCCUAGUCACUAUAGGAGCAUCGUUGGGGCUUUACAAUACCUUACUUUUACUCGCCCUGAUAUAGCCCACUCAAUGAACAUGGUCUGCCAAUUCAUGGCACAACCAACUAAUGUCCACAUGGUUUUGGUCAAAAGGAUCUUGAGAUAUAUUCAGGGGACAAUUGGCUAUGGCUUACACUAUACCAAAAGCAAGGAAUUCAAUAUUACUGCCUAUUCUGACUCAGAUUGGGCAGCAGAUAUCAACACCAGAAGAUCGAUCACAGGUUUUGUUGUCUAUUUGGGGAACAAUCCAGUUUCUUGGCAGUCUAAAAAACAGUCCACAGUCUCUCGAAGCUCCACGGAGGCAGAGUAUAAGGCAUUAGCUCACUGUGCAGCUAAUGUUUUUUGGAUUCGCUCUGUGUUUAAGGAUCUUCAUCAAUCCAUAUCUGUUCCACCAUCCAUAUACUGUGAUAACAUUUCUGCCCUGGCUUUAAGUUCCAAUCCUGUUUUUCACUCCAAGAUCAAGCAUCUUGACAUGGACUAUCACUUUGUGCGUGAAAAGGUCCAACGAGGAGAUCUUAUGGUUCACUAUAUUCCCACAGAUGAUCAGGUGGCCGAUGUCUUUACCAAGGGUUUGCAUAGUCCCAUUUUUCAUAAACAUUGCAGGUCUCUUAGCUUGGGCAUUGGUUAUGCAGCAAACUUAGCUUCCAUAGCUCAGCUCAGUUUGUGGGGGGAGUAA